UGAUUCAACUAUAAAUUAUGGUCCUAUGACACAAGAACGAAGGAACCACGUGGACUGAAUAUACAUAUAAGUACAAUACUUCUGGUUACGCUACCGACCUCAAACGCCAGGAGCCAGAAACAACAUGAAGAAACUGAUAAUGCUGGUGUACGUACUUCAGCUCCUCACAGCACAGUGCACCAUGAAUGAAGUUACCCUGGCUUUGAUUCCAAUCCAUAAAAUGAAGGACCACAACGGUAACAUCUCACCAACCUAUAUUUCUUCAAAACAUGCUGCAGAGAAUGAUAACUCACAACAAAAGUUCCUAACCACAGAAUUAAUACCACAGGAUGAAAGAAACUUAUAUACAAGAAAAAUUGCCAUGCUUACCCCUCUUAAAAAGAGAUUUCAGAGAGACACAGAGAACAAAGAAAAAAUAAAGUUGAUGUCCAUUGAUCUUUCUGCCUUGGGGCCUCUGAAAAGUCAAGAUGAAUUUUCUGAUGAAAGCUGGGUAUCAAAACCAAAAUCUUUGGAAGUUGAUGUAUCCAUUCUGGGACAAAACAUUCAGAAUGAACAAUUAUCCACAGGAUCCACUACAAACUUUCCAAGUCCAUUAUCCUUUUUACCACGAGAAAAAACAGUACAAGUUCCUGAAACAUUAUGGCAACCUACUGAAAAAGAUGAGUUCAUAAACAGAAUUGUUCCUCAUACAGUAUCUAACGAAAUACUAAAUGACAUCAGAAACGAUGUUAUAAUGUUUCCUUUUCUUCAAUUUCUUUUAGCCCCUUUAGGUAUCUACCCAUUGUUAAAAUUACCUUCUCACUUUAUUAAUAAUCAUCUGAGAAACCCAGUAAUGAAAGAUAAUAUUUUUAAGCAAUUUAACCAAUUACAUAUCAAUAGCAAGCCAGAUGCAUUAUCUGAUUUUAUUGAAAAUGAAUCAGUUACAAAAAAAAUGAAAAGUAAAUCACAAACGGACUUGCAAAAUUUAUCAGCAAAAGGAAACUUUUUAUCAAAUACACCAAAUGUCAAACACAAAGAUUUUGUUAAGAAAAAGGAAUCACUUGUUAAAGACUGGGGCAUAGAUGGAUAUCUCUCUAAAGUCUCAAAGACUGCUCACGAAGAACGAAAGAGAAAUUUGAAGAGACACAUACAAAUGAAGAAACAUAAGAAAUAUGACAGAAGCUACAGAAAUUUCCUUUUGUUUAAUAAAUGGAAAUCAAUCAAGCAGAAUAACAUUAAGCAAAAAAAAAGAAGUUUCGGUGAAUGGUUAGAAAAGAUUUUCCUUUUUCAACAUCGACCACAAUUCAUCACUACAAUGGUAGGCAAGAACAUCCCUAUUAAAAAAAAUGUGUUUCUGUCACAAGGUUGGGGGCCAGGGGGUGGUCAUCUCAAAGCUAAUUCAUCAAAAAAUCAUAGAAAAAUGGAAUCACAAAUUAGCAUUACGUCCCCUGUAAAAGAACAUAUUCAGCUAGAAUCCCAGCAUUUCCCACCAAUAAAUUUUGGAAAACAUUGGCGUGCUGGUCACCUUCUAGGGCCCUACUGGUAAAAUUCCUUAUUGACCCAGGUUAGAUGUCUUGGAAAAGAUAUUAUAUACUAACAGAACUUUCUUGUCUUGCAGUCUGUUUUCUUUGACCAUGAUGAUGGUUUUCUGUGCAAAAAGCUUUCAUAUGUUAUUCAUUUAUUAAAGCAACAUUGUUAAACAGAUUUAUGUCGGUAGUAUUAUA